AUCCACACAGGAGAGAAGCCGUACUCAUGUGAUCAGUGUGGGAAGAGUUUCCCACAAAAGCCAAGUCUCCAGAUUCACAUGAGAGUUCACACUGGAGAGAAGCUGUUCUCAUGUGAUCAAUGCGGGAAGAGAUUCACACAGAAACCACAUCUUAGGGGACACAUGAUGAUCCACACAGGAAAGAAGCCGUAUGCAUGCGAUCAAUGUUGGAAGAGUUUCACACGAUCAUCACAUCUUAAAGAACACAUGUGGAUCCACACGGGAGAGAAGCCGUUCACAUGUGAUCAAUGUGGGAAGAGUUUUGUGCACGAAACUAGCCUUAAAGAACACAUGAAAGUUCAUACUAGAGAGAAGCCGUUCACAUGUGAUCAGUGUGGGAAGAGUUUCACACAAAAAACAAGUCUUGAACUUCACAUGAGGAUUCACACAGGAGAUAAACCACACGCAUGUGAUCAGUGUGGAAAGAGUUUCUCACAAUCAUCAAGUCUUAAAGAUCACAUCAGAAUCCACACUGGAGAGAAGCCGUUUGUGUGUGAUCAAUGUGGGAAGAGAUUCACAAACAAAAAAAGUCUUGAGCUUCAUAUGAGGAUCCACACUGGAGAGAAGCCGUUCACAUGUGAUCAUUGUGGGAAGAGCUUCACACAAUCAUCAAACCUUAAGAUUCACAUGAGGAUCCACACCGGAGAGAAGCCGUUCACAUGUGAUCAAUGCGGCAAAACAUUUAUUGGGUCAUCAGCCCUUAAGGCACACCUGACAGUUCAUACGAAGGAGAAGCCACAUUCAUGUUCUGUGUGUGGAAAGAGUUUUUCUUCAUCUGACCAUUUAAAACAGCACCAGAGAAUUCACACUGGAGAAAAACCGUACAAGUGUUCACACUGUGACAAGAGAUUCAGUUGUUCAUCACAUCUGAAAGCACAUGAGAUGAUCCACAGCAGAGAGAAGCUGCUCAUGUGUGAUCAGUGUGGAAAGAGUUUCACUAUUAAAAGUCACCUGAAGAUACACAUGAAGAUCCAUGCAGUGGAGAAACCACAUCACCACAGUCUGAGAUCAAGCGUGAUGCCCUGA